AUGUUCCUAAUUAUUGUAUUGUCAUCAUUUGAUACUAGUGGAUACGAAAUUGCUAAACAUCUCGCUACCACACCUGAUUUAAAAAAUAAAAUUCAAUCUAUUUGUGCCAUUGCUGAGGAUGAACCUCAAUCGAAUGAUUUGAAAGAUAAAGGUGUUACGAUAUCUAAGGCAAAAUCUACUUCAGAUUAUAUUGGAAUCUUCGAAAAAGCGGACACUGUUGUAUUAAUUCCUCCCACGAAAAAAGAUAAAGCCGGGCAUGCCAAAAAUUUAGUUGAUGCAGCAUCCAAGGCAAAAGUCAAGAAUUGUAUUGUGAUUUCGAUGGCAGCAACUGAUAUUGCCGAUCAGAAAAGUCACUCACACCUUUGCGAAUUUCAAAAGAUCGAGCAUUUAGUUAAACAAGCCAAUUUUGAACAUUGGUUGAUUUUACGUGCAAAUUUUUACGUGCAAAAUCUUUUGUUGUACCAAGAACAGAUUAAAAAAGGAACGCUUCCAAUUCCAAGUGGAGAUGGUAAAUUUGCACCAGCUGAUUUAUUGGAUGUUGCCGAAGCUACUUCUCUAUUGUUAUCUAAUCCUGACAAGAUGAAGGAAUAUUCUGGUCAAUUAAUUACAAUGACUGGACCCACUGCAAUGACUGGUCAACAAAUGGCUCAACAUAUUUCGAAAGUCGUGGGUAAAGAAAUAAAAUUUGAAGAUAUUUCUAAUGAAGAGGCUUUGAAAAUCUUAUCAAACGUCAAGAUGUUAGAUGAAAGUGAAAAAAUGUUAUUACUUGAAUUUUACGAUUUGGUCAAAGCACAUCGUACAAAUUUUGUUACUGCGCAUGAAUUUAAAACCAUGACUGGUAGAAAUCCUUCUUCACUUGACGACUUUAUUCAACGUCAUAAAGCUGAUUUGAAAUAA